AUGAGCAAGAAAGAUGUUGUGGUCGUUGGUGGCGGCGGCGCGGGCACCAUGUUUGUCAAGGAGUUUUUGCGCAAGUUCGACCGUACACGAUAUACGCUCACAUUGGUUAACUCUCGCCCGGUGUACAUCUACCUGCCGACGACUGUGCGGAUGGCCGUCACAGACCACGGCCAUCUCGAGGAUAUUGUCUGCAUGCCUUACGACCGACUGCUUGGCGAUGCUGGGAAACUAGUCGUUGGCACUGUUGAGUCCAUCGACGAGAAAGCUUCGGGGCAAGGAGGGCAUGUGGUCCUGCGCGAUGGGACGCGUCUUCACUACGACGCGCUGGUGCUGGCACCCGGAACACGACUGGAGAACCCGUUGGACUACCCUGAUACGCGAGAGGACAUACAGAAGUACGUUGACGAGUGGCGACAGAAGGUGAAGGAUGCCGAACACAUCGUGUUCUCUGGUGGCGGUCCUACAAGUGUUGAGCUUGCAGGGGAGAUCAAAGAGUACUUCCCGGAGAAGCAAACGACUAUCGUUCAAAGCAGAAGUCUGCCCUUCAACAACGUCUAUCGCGACAACUUCAGGCGGCGUAUUCUCAAGGAGUGCGAGACUUCUGGCAUCAAGUUCGUCUUCAACGACUAUCUCGAUGAAGCGGUACCCAAGGACGGAUAUGUCACGACUCGCAAGGGCGAGACCGUACGGGCUGAUCUAGUCAUGACCUCUCAUGGCGGACGCCCCGCCACAGAGUUCAUGAAGUCGCUCGGGGAGAAUGUCCUCACCAAAUACGGCCUAGUGCCUACGAACCCGACGCUCGAACUACCAGAUCACCCAGGCAUCUUCUGCAUCGGCGACGUUCUCGACAAUACCGAACGGAAUCGCUUGGGAAAGUACGUCAAGCAUGUCAACGCUGUGGUACCCAACGUCCUCGCGCGCCUGAACGGAAAGGAGCCGAAGAAGAAGUACACAGGAUCAAUCGAGACCAUCGCCAUCUCCAUCGGAAGCGAGCGCGGCGUGUCCUAUAUCGGCAUACUAUGGGGCAUUUGUAUUGGAAGCUGGCUUACGCGACUGACCCAGUCGAAGCAUCUGGCAAUACAGGCAGGUCGCUGGGUGAUGGGUUACGGAUGGACUACCGGAAAGGCUUGA